AUGUCCACUUCUUCUGCGACAACUGAUUCGAAAUUUAACGAUGAAAAGAAAAAUACAGCAUCCAAUCCGCCCAAAGUGCUAAAUUCGAUAAUGAUUAAAAUGUCACAUCCUGAGACAAUUGAGUCUCUUCAUCGUAUGGGGUAUGAUUUCAGGUGGUCCGCUUCAAUGGAUGAUCCGAACAGAGCUAUGGUUUUCUUUUUCUUAGCUGACGAGAAAUCUGCCUUAGAAUUUGAUGAUGAAACGGGAUUCAUUCUCAUCUUCUUUUAUGAUAAUAUCGAUAAGGGAUCAUUUGAUGGGCACAAAGACAAAUGGGUAUUGGUAUAUAAGCAGCAAGUGAAGAAAUAUGGGUCAGAAUAUAUGAAUAAGGAACUGAUGAAUCUUGAUGAAGAAAUGCCUAGAGCAAUAUAUUUACCGGUUGAUAAAUUGCAUCGUGAUGAUCUUGUAAAGUCUCCAUCAGCAAGAACACUUAGGAUUCGAGUUAGACAAUCAGGAACAACUAAUUAUGCCAUACUCAAGUGUAAUUUUAAUGAUCCUGCUGAAGGAAAUAAAUUGUAUAAAACUGUUAUGGAUUCAGGUGCAUCAGAAAUGAUCCUUGUCCAUAGAGCACUUGGAAAACAAGGUUUCCAUUCCAUUGGAGACAAUAAUGGAUGGAAUAAGUGGGUAGGUAUAGAUAAUCUUAGAGUUUUGCAAGCAAAACCUGAAAAUCAAGUUGACUGUUCGCUAAUUGGAACUGAUGUCCUUGGUCAAUUUUUCUUCAUACAUUUGCCAAAUCAAGGAUUUAAAUUUUUAGACGAAACAGAUGAAACUAGAUUAACUAAUUUCGUAAAUUCCCUUCCCUGA